GCUAAAUGGCGGAAGAAGAGUUUCCUGAGAAGUUAGUAACAGAGAGAAUAGCAAAAAUACAUGAACUAUUGGAAAGGUGCAGUACCUUAAAGAAAACAAUAGAAGGUUUGACGAAGCUAAAGAAGAAGUUAUUAGCAGAGUUAAAAUUCUUAACAUCCUUAAAAGGCUCUGAGCUGACUUUGAAGCACCCGCACAUCAAAAGCACCAAUCUUUCAUUCCUUGAAGCUGUGUUAGAGACUGUGGAAAGUGAAAGCAAUGUUACUGCUGUAUUCAAGCCAUUUUCUUAUGUGGAAAAAAGCUCAACACAGUCAAAUUGUACUGUGGAUAUUGUUGGCAAUAGUGGCUGUUGUUGGAUUAAGGUCACUGCAAGAAAUGCCUCUGCAUUGCACAGGACAUGGCAAGGGCAAGGAAACUUUGGCGAAAAAGACAUUUUCCAACAAGCAAAGGAAUUAUUAGAAGCAAGCAACCAACACCCUGUGAAUUAUUCACCUCCAGUUGUUAUAAUUUUAUGUUGCCAGGGCAUCACAGAAUCUCUGGCAAAAGCCUUUAGAAGCUUGGGUAUUUGUGUCAAAGGAAAACUUUUACCUGAUCCUGAGAAAGAUGCUUUGGCCUGUACAUGUGUUGAUGACACAUUCACAGAUAACAGGAUUCCUGUUGAAUUUUAUGAAUGUGCUUCUAUUAAUCUUGACGUCACCACUAUGAUUGCUUAUGUAUCUGCUUUAACCAAUGGAGGCUGUGGAUUUGUCUUCAAGGAGGCCAUUUUGACCACACAAGCAAGAGAAGAGCAGCAUAAUCCAGUGCUUCCAAAGUUGAAGGCCUUCUUUAAAGGGAAAAAGUUAUUCGCAUGUCAGUCAGCAGUAAGAGACUUCGACGCCAUUUUACAAACAAUUGGUGGUCGUAAAGAACAGGAGCGGGCCAGGGCUCUCCUUGAAAAUGUUACAGUUGUUGAAGAUAAUCCUUCAGAGAGGUCCCUUAGAGUGCGAACAAGUGGAAGUAUCAAGGAGCGAUCAAAGAUUAUCUUUGGUACUGGAGACUCGUUGAAAGCCAUAACUUGCACAGCAAAUGCGGCCUUCACAAGAGCAGCAGCUACUCAGGGAGUCGAAUUCACUGUUUUCAUACACGAGUCACGCGCUCUAACUGAAGUGAAGGAAUGUCAGGCCACAAUGGUUUAUCCUGAACGCGAUGUUACGUGAGGAACAGCACUCGAGAAAGCCUGCAUGCUUUGAAACCAUGGAGCAUUGCGAACUUGCAUGAUUAUGCCUGUCUUUUGGGUUCAAUAUUGGCAGAAGGAAAAGUUGCAGUUCCCGUUUCUUCUUUACAAUUCGAGAAAUUGCUUGUAAUGCAUGAUAAAGUGAUGACAUAGUAAAUCGCCUCUUGCCGCUCGAUUGCUUAAGACAAGGGUCGUGAAGUGUGAAGGACUUUAUGUUCCGUUACCUCGUCAGACUCUAAGUAGGUCAACUGGUUACUCGUCACCAUGCAUCUUUUUUUUUUUACAGUAUUUGAUCAUGCUUGGGGCAUUUCAGAUGAUUAUUGAUAUAUUUAAUUAUGAUUUGAUUAUUGAUUAUAUUUGGUUAUGCUCAGAGCAUUUCAGAUGAUGCUCCAGAUGAAAGCACAUCAUCUGUGCUUAGUACUCGUGCUGAGAUUUAAGGAAAAAACAUAACAGUUUUCCUUUGACCCUUGUUCGUCAAUUCUAAUGAAGUCACUUAAAAUAAAAAUCUUUUAUGUGCACAGGAUUACAUUUGUUUGGAGAUUGGGUUGCUCUGCAAACCGCACUGAUUAGCGUCGAGACUGGGCUGUCUAGUUUUUCUCUGUCUUUUCAAAACAACCUUAUCCGUAUGUGGAAGGUUAUUGUACCUUUAAGUAACCAUUUUGCUAUUUUUCCUUGCUGCAAUAACUGCGAGUAAAAUUCUAAGAUGUUCAAAGGUGCAAACCAUGUGGUUUCUGAGAUUGCGAUUGGGCAAGAGAAGCCCGCUCAGCCCACUCAGCCCACUCAUGGAGCCAAUCAAACCACAUGGUUUGAUUCAUCUCGUCUGCUCACGCAACAUGUGUAAGAGGAGAAAGAAAAACGCGAACGGGAAGAAGUUUGGAGUGAAAUCGUUAUUACAUGAAUCCUGUAACAUUUCUGGAGUACGGUCUUUCAAACGUUUGAAAGUAAUGGGUGUGACCCUCAAGUGAAGCUUAAACCUAAGAACUGCUGAACAUUGUUACGUGAUGACAGAAAAAUAAAACUAAGCCUUGUUGC